AUGAACGCCGCCCCUCCAGCGGGAAGUGCCCUGGCUCCAGCCGGACCCAGUGGCCCCACCACUCCCAAGAAGGGCCCCCCCAAGUUCAAGCAGCGGCAGACCCGCACGUUCAAGAGCAAGGCGCCCAAGCCCGGCCAGAAAGGCUUCGGUGACGACAUCCCCGGCAUGGAGGGCCUGGGCACGGACUUCACGGUGGUGUGCCCAUGGGAAGCCUUCGGCGACAUGGAGCUCAGCGACCUGGCCAAAUACGGCAUCAUUUAACGCCGCUGCCUCCUGCCUUCCUCGCCUCCCGCCCCCCGGCCGGCUGGCCGCGAUAAGGCCGCCGGCCCCCCUAACGCCCUCUCGUCUAUCUACCUCAGGCUUUGCUCCACUGAGUGGCUGCAGAGCAUAAUGAUGAUCUUAUUUUUAUAUUAUUAUGAUGAUACAAUACUGUUCACAGUAUUUAUGCCGACAUGAGAAGACGAGAAACCAACUCUGUUCCCUGUUCCCGCUGCCCUCGUCCACCUACAGCAGGCGUCCCCCUCCACCCUCCUCACCCACGGCAACGGAUGCAAGCAAUCACUAGGUGGUGCUAGCCUGAAUCUGCUUCUAGCUGUUAAUGUACACACCUCCUGUUCCACCUUUCACCGUCUCCACUGUGACGCGUUGCUUCCCUUUUGAUGGACGUUGUGUUUUUACUGUAAACAACGGCGGAUGAGGAGAGGGAGCGGCUCUCACGGACCCUCCCCUCUCUAGAAAAUAAAAGCAUGUGUGUGUGAAGCACGCCGCCACAGACUGUACUGAGCUGAGCCAUAGCUGCUGUAAAGUGUUUAUUUUUAGUAA